UGUACAGUCGGUACUAUACCGGUAAAAAAGUUGUUAGAUUCAGAUAUUGUUGCUACGUUGGUGUGUGAGGAUCAUAAAUAUGGGUCUUACGGAAAUUUUGGGCAAAAAAUACAAGCUGGAGAGCAGCGAUAAUUUCGAUGAAUACAUGAAGGCUUUGGGGGUUGGUCUGGUAACCCGCAAAAUGGGUGGUGCAGUUAGUCCAGUGGUCGAUUUGCAGAAGGAAGGGGAUGAAUACACGUUCAACUCAAAUUCUACCUUCAAGAACAUCGUUCUGAAAUUCAAGCCCGGUGUCGAAUUUGAUCAGGAUACGCCAGAUGGUCGCAAGGUUUCUGCCGUUAUCACUGUAGAUGGAAACACCCUACAUGAGGUUCAGAAGAAUGCUGAUGGUACUACAACUACGAUCGACAGGACUUUCACCCCAGAAGAGUGCAAAAUGGUUAUGUCGAUUGGAGACAUUACUGCAACAAGAAUCUACAAAAUCCAAGCCUGAUACCCCAAUAAGCCAUAAUAAUUCUUUAAAUGUUGCAGUUAUUCAUGGUAAAUGUAAAUUUGAGUACAUUUCCAAAAUCUUUCGAGAACCUGUAUCAGAAUAAUUGGGCUAUUAUCUAUAGAUAGGCUGACAAACGAACUGUUUUUAUUACAUUUAGCAUUGUCUAUUGAUUUUCUCAUGGGUACCUAAAUCUUUUUGUCAAACCAAAACUUGUUCUUAGUUUUCAUUCGUAUAUUAUUCAAUAUAGUUAAAUAAAUUUUGUAAUUGAUGAUUAUUGUUAUACUUACAAGCUCAUAAUAAUUAUACUAUUAUUAUU